AUGGCGAACAGUACUCUCAAAGAGCUAGCUGCACCGGAUUUAAAUCAACAACCUUUAUGCAUCACAUUUCCUAAUAUUGCAGUUGAUUUUGAAUUAAAAUCUGGUUUAAUUCACUUACUCCCUUCCUUUCGUGGAUGUGCAGGGCAAUUACAAAUGGCACAAGUCUGUGGAAUAUGUUCGUUGCAAGGACAUCCCACCGAUAUGUGUCUAACAUUGCAACAAGACUCAAUGCAAGAAGCUAAUGCUCUAGGCGGAUUUACUAGUCAAUCUCAAAGGAAGUAUGGCCCCUUUUCUAAUCAUUACAAUUCUGGAUGGAGAGAUCACCCGAAUUUGAGCUAUGGGAACCAAGGAGGACAACAAAAGUAUCCUUCCCAAAAUUUCAAUAGACAACCUCAAGCUUCUAAUUCAGCUAGUAAAUUGGAGGCCCAAAAUUCUGGAAAACUACCUUCACAACCAGAAAUAAAUCUAAAGGAGAACGUUAGUGCAAUUUCUCUAAGAAGUGGAAAGGAGAUUCCUUCAGGCUCGAUUCCACUUAAGGAAAGUGAACUCAGCAAGGAAAAUGAAGAAGAAGCUUCUUCCAAGACAUCACGUAGGGUAAAAUUUGAUCCUCCCCUAUCUCUUUCAUCUCACACUCUAAUGCCUCAUUUUCCUAGCAGAUUAGCAAAACCAAAAGAAGAUGAGCAAGAAAAGGAGAUCUUGGAUACAUUUAGGAAGGUCAAUGAGCUCAUAUUUCCUGUCGACUUUUACAUUUUGGAAAUGGAUGGUAAUUCUUCAUCAAAAUCAGCUUCAAUUUUGUUAGGACGACCAUUCAUGAAAACUGCUAAAACAAAGAUCAAUGUAAAUGAGGGUACUCUCUCCGUAGAGUUUGAUAGAGAGAUUGUUAAAUUUAAUAUUUUUGAUGCAAUUAAAUACCCUAAUGAUGUACAUUCUCUUUGCCAUAUUGAUGUAAUUGAUCCAAUUGUGCAGGAAGUUUUUGCAGAAGAAAGUGUUGAUGACGAACAUGAAUUAGAUGAAAAUUUAAAUUUUGAAAGAAAUGAUUAUGAGAUUGGUGAAGAAGAACUAUUCUCAGUAACAAUAUAUGAACCCACAAAUCUCAAUGCUGAGAUAUCUAAUACUAAUGACAAAAUGUUACCUUCAAUUAUGCAGGCACCAAAACUAGAGCUGAAAGCCUUACCGGAUCACCUAAAAUACGUGUAUUUAGGUGACAAGGAAAUAUUGCCUGUUAUCAUCUCAAAAGGACUAACAAUGAAACAGAAAGAUGGCUUUUCAGGAUUCUAUCAAAUUCCUAUCUCACAGGAAGAUCAAGAAAAAACAACAUUCACUUGUCCUUUCAGAAACUAUGCUUAUAGGCGAAUGCCUUUUGGCUUCUGUAAUGCUCCAGGUACAUUUCAAAGAUGCAUGAUGAGUAUUUUUUCUGAAUAUAUUGAGAAAUGCAUUGAAGUGUUUAUGGAUGACUUUACUGUGUAUGGGGAUUCAUUUGAUGAAUGCUUAGAAAAUUUAACCAAAGUUUUAAAUUCUGAUCAUGCAGCUUUAAAGUAUCUUUUAGCAAAGAAAGAAUCAAAACCAAGGCUAAUUCGCCAUGAUUAUGCAUGUGGUGGACACUUUGGACCUAGACGGACUGCUAGGAAAAUCUUAGAUUGUGGUUUAUAUUGGGAAACUUUGUUUAAAGAUGCAUAUCAAUUUUGCAAAAGUUGUGAGAGAUGUCAAAAAGUAGGAGCACUAACUCGAAAGAAUAAAAUGCCUCAAGUUUCGAUUCUCAUAUGUGAAGUAUUUGAUGUGUGGGGGAUAGAUUUUAUGGGUCCUCUAUCCUCUUCUUGUGGUUUUUCAUAUAUACUUUUGGCGGUAGAUUAUGUAUCAAAAUGGGUGGAAGUUAAAGCCACCAGAACUGAUGAUUCUCAAACUGUUGUAGGUUUUAUCAAGGCUAAUAUCUUUAACAGGUUUGGAAUUCCAAAAGCAAUCGUCAGUGACCAGGGAACUCAUUUUUGCAAUAGAUCGGUUGCAGCCUUGAUGAAGAAGUAUGGAGUAAAUCAUAGAACAGCCACCGCAUAUCAUCCUCAAACCAAUGGACAAGCCGAUCUUUCCAAUAGAGAAGUCAAAUCCAUCUUGGAAAAAAUGGUGAGUCUGGGAAGAAAGGAUUGGAGCCUUCGUUUAGAUGGUGCUCUUUGGACAUACCGCACAGCUUAUAAAACUCCCAUAGGAAUGUCCCCUUAUCGGUUAGUCUUCGGAAAAGCAUGUCAUUUACCGGGCUUCGACAACCCGUUCAACGCAUUAUCACCGACCGAUGAGAGAAAGCUGCCCGGAGGGAAAUUGUCUAGGGGGGUUUUUGAUGGUUGGGAGUUAGAAUCCGGUAUUGAAUUUGCAAGGAAACGAUGGGAUGAGGCUGAUUUGACAGUGGCAGCAAGGAGGAGCAAUUCCCUCCUCAAGCUCGACAUCGACGGAGAAGAAGAAGAAGAAGAAAAGAAAAAGGAGGAGGAGAAGGAGGAUGCCGGCGUAAAGGAGUGGAUAGAAGGAAGUUUUGGUGGUUUGUUGGAGCUGCUCAGUGAGAAAAAACUAUCAGCUGCAUAA